UUUUAUUAUAAACUGAACUCGAGCUUAAGAAUUAAGUUCAAAUCAAAUUCGAAGCAAGCUCGAAUUUAGAAAAAAACGAACUAAAUCAAGCUCAAGUCUUUUAUUAUUUAGCUCAACUUAAUUGGAUUACAACCCUAUCCGUACCCCUUCCCUCUCAAUUGCACACUAAGUACAAAAAACACAUGGCUCCGGACAGAAGCAACAGAAUGUAACCACAAUAAUUAACAACCUCAAAUGAGAUUUGAGACGGUAGAUUUCUACCGUAUCAGUCGUAUUUUCUUGAAUAUAUUCUAAAGAUGAGAUGAUGAUAGAUUGACGGGUUUAACUCGACGGAUAAACACGAAUUGAACAAAGUCUCGAUGCGUAUCUCGAUCGAAUACUACUUGCUCGGUAAUGGAGAUUGCAAUGGCAACAAAACUUAAUUUUCUUAGGAGGAUAUUUAUUUGCUUGGUAAAUAUAAUGGAGAUUAGCCACCGCAGAAAUUUAAAAUAUCCAAUCGCGGCUAGUCACGAAUCCAGACGCAACUCCGCCGAAACUAGACUAUCCAAUGGGGCCAGCCAGUCACGACUCCAGACGCAACUCCGCCGUGUCCGUCUCUCUGUCUCGGCUUGUGGUGGUGCGUCGAGCACAAGCCUUUCUUAAAACGGAGGCCGCAGAAACCGUGGCCCAUGGCCACCCCCCGUGGAUUCUCUGCCCACGCGCGCCUCAUGCGUUCGUCGUCCUUCUCACCACACGCCGCUUUCCGCCUCCUCCAUGCUCACCCCCUCUCCGCCCGUGACCGGCUCCGGCCGCCGCCAUGCGGCCGCGGCCGGGAUUUCCUCUCGCCGGCCCGGGCACUCACGGCCGAUGGCCCUUCUUGCCUCUACGUGGGCCCUGUUGAGACGGCCACUCAGGAGCGACUCGAGGAGCUCUAUCAGCAGGCGCGUGAGUCAUAUUAUAAUGGUAACCCUUUGAUCAUUGAUGAUAUGUUUGAUAAAAUUGAGUUGAAAUUGCGACUGUGUGGUUCUAAAUCAGUCGUGAAAUAUCCUCGAUGUAGCCUUAGGCGUCAUUCAACCUAUGCAGAUGCUGAGGAGGAUCCUUCACAAGAGUUUGCUUUAGCAAGUAUUUGGCUUCUACUGCUUGCAUUUGGAUCAACUGCAAUCUUUGUGCCUGUCAUCUAUGUCAUCAGUCUUGCCUUUGCUGAUAACAUUAGCUCAAGAUACUUCUUUUACAUUGAAAGAUCGACAAUUGGAUCCCUUGCGAUGGUUAACAAAACUCUGACAUUGGUACUAUGCUAUUUAGUUGGCUUUCCUCUUGCUUAUGCUUCAAUUCAAGCAUUGAAAGGCCUUUGGAGGAGUGAAUUAGUUGCAAUGAGAGGUGCAUGCCCAAAUUGUGGAGAGGAGGUUUUUACUUUUGUUAGAGCAGAAAGUUCCAGCACUCAGCUUCACCUUGCCCAUUGUCAUGUAUGUGAGUGUGCCUUGGAGUUUCAAAUAAAAGUGGUGCAAUCCUUCUCAAGGCCUGGAAGACGCUGGGUUUAUGGCAGAGUUUACUUGGUCCAACAGAGCUAAGCUAUGUGAACUUGAAGAGUUCCUCUGAAGCUAUGAAAUGAUAUUUAUAUUGAAUAAUUAUGUAAACAAAAACUAUAUAGACAGUAAUUACAUUUUUUUUUAAAAAUUAAUCUAUAUGAUGUAACCAUAUUAGUAAAAUUUGUUUAGAAAAUUUAGAUUGUGAUGACAACUUUGGCAUUUUUAAAAAGUGAAUCUAGUCCAUAAAUAUGUGGCAAUUGUGUCA